AUGUCGGGCCGCGGACGGAGGGGCCGGGGGCGGCGGGGAGCGGGAGCGGAGCCGCUGGGGCUCGGGGAGGCCUGCGCUGAGCCCAGGCUGAGCCGGUUCUGCCCGCAGUGCGGCGCCGCCGUGGAGCCCGCCUUCCGCUUCUGCCCGGCCUGCGGCGGGAGGCUGCCGCCGGACCAGGAGACGGAGCGGACGGCGCCGGCCUCGCCGCGGCAGCGGGCUCCGAGCCCCGCGGUCACCCCGCAGGCCUCCCCGGUGCAGCGCUCCGCGGCGGCGAAGCCCGGCCAGCGCUCGCCCCGCAAGGCGCGGCGCGGCCCGGUGCCGCUGCCGGCCGAGUCGGUGCUGACGGACCAGGGCGGCAGGCAGUGGAGGCUGGUUCGCCUCCUGGAGCAGGGCCACGACGGGCUCAUGUACGAAGCACAGGCAGCAUCUGGAACCUGUCCUCCAAAGCAAAGAUACUCCCUCAAACUUGAUCUCAAAGAUGGCAAGAUUUACAACGAGCAGAACUUCUUCCAGCGAGCUGCAAAGGCAGCCACAGUGGAGAAGUGGAAGAAGUGGCACUCGGUGCCGUUGCUGGGAAUCCCCAAUUGCCUUGGCUUUGGACUGCAUGCAGGUAGCUACAGGUUUUUGGUGUUCUCUGACUUAGGACGAACCCUCCAGUCUGUCCUGGAUGAUGGCUUACAGCUGCUGAGGGAGAAGGCAGCCUUUCAGCUUGUAGUCCGGGUGCUAGACUGCCUGGAGUACAUCCAUGAAAAUGAGUAUGUGCAUGGAGACAUCACAGCUGAGAACAUCUACCUGAACCCAGCAGACCUCACCCAGGUGACCCUGGCAGGCUAUUGCUUUGCGUUUCGGUACUGCCCAGGAGGGAAGCACGUGGCUGAGCACGAGGGCAGAAGGACCCCUCAUGAAGGCACCGUUGAGUUUAUCAGUCUGGACAGCCACAAAGGAGCUGGACCAUCGCGCCGGAGCGACUUGGAAUCUCUGGGCUACUGUCUUCUGAAAUGGCUCUGUGGCUCCUUGCCUUGGUCUGGUGAUCUGGACAAAGUAGAAACUGUGAUGGAGAAGAAGGAAAAGUACAAAGAGGAUGUGAAAUGCCUUCUCCAGCUGUGCUUCAGGCAGAAAUCCAUCCCAGAUGCCCUCAAGAGCUACCUGGAGCAAGUGAUGGCACUGGAGUAUCAGGAGAAGCCAGACUACGAGGCUCUGAGGCAGCUUUUCAAGAAGCCACUGGAAAAGAUGAAAGCUUCAGCUUAUGACUCUGUGGAUGCCAAAAUCGUGCCCUAAAUGAUGAAGCUUGCAGAGGGAGAAGAGGGUUCAAAGCUUCCUGCAGUGUGAGGCCCAUCCUGCAGACAAUUAGUUUUCACCCACCAGUUCUAGAAUGGAGAGGUUUUUAUACAUGUUUUAUCCCAAUUUUAAUGUGAGCCAAUGUUGAGUUUUGAGCUGCUGCUGGAACCAGUGGAUUUGAAGAUGCUCCUCCAGGGCAAAUCCUUGUAAGCAAGGGCUAGAGAACUACACUGUAGCUCCUUGGGAGAAGCCUGCCACAGAAAAACUAAGGGAGUUUUUAUUCCAGCAGCAGUACCUAGUUUUAUAAUAAACUUUGUGAA